UUCAGAUACAUAAAGCCAAAGCCUUCGAAGAUCCAAACUCUUCUUUCCGUCGCAAACCGAAGGAGCGAAGCUCAAGAAAGAGGGAAACCGCAUUCCGUCGAUGUCCGACCACCGAUUCAUGUCCGAGGACGGCCAUUGUUACAUAAGGUUGCCGUCGGAGCCAGCGAUUACGGAGCGGCAGUGGAUCUUCGAUGAGCUUCCCACGGCCAAGAUUGUCGCAGCGUCGCGGCCGGAUGCUGGUGAUAUCACCCCCUUGCUCCUCUCCUAUACCAUCGAGUUUCAGUACAAGCAGUUCAGAUGGCACUUACUGAAGAAAGCCUCACAAGUUUUAUACCUACAUCUUGCUUUGAAGAAGCGUGCAUUUUUAGAGGAACUUCAUGAUAAACAGGAGCAGGUCAAAGAAUGGCUUCACAAUCUUGGACUAGGGGAGAAUAUACCUACUGUUCAAGAUGAUGAUGAAGCUGAUGAUGUGUCUGUUCCUUUACCACAUGAGGAUAACAGUUUAGUUAAAAGCAGAAACAUUCCUUCUAGUGCUGCAUUGCCAAUCAUUCGCCCAUCACUUGGAGGGCAGCAAUUGAUUUCUGACAAGGCUAAAUUGGCUAUGCAAGGGUACUUGGAUCACUUCUUUAGCAACUUGGAUAUUGUGAACUCUCAAGAGGUUUGCAAAUUUUUGGAGGUCUCGAGGUACUCGUUUUUGCAAGAAUAUGGACCAAAGCUAAAAGAAGGUUAUGUUAAAGCAAGGCAUUUGCCAAAAGUUCAAGAAUUAGAUGAUGGUAAAAGCUGUUGUGCAUGCCACUGGUUUAGCUGUUGCAAUGGUAGCUGGAAAAAGGUUUGGGCUGUACUAAAACCAGGUUUCUUAGCUUUACUGGAGAAUCCUUUUGAUACAAAAAUUCUAGAUAUCAUUGUUUUUGAUGUAUUACCACAUUCAAAUGGAAAUGAUGACGGUCGAAUUCUUCUAGCAAAAGAGACAAAGGAGCGUAAUCCUUUGUGUUUUGGGUUUCAAGUAUUUGGUGGGAGCCGUACAACAAAAUUGAGAAUGAGAAAUAAUGCAAAGAUCAAGGAAUGGGUUGCUGCAAUAAAUGAUGCUGGGUUGCGGCCUCCAGAAGGUUGGUGUUAUCCUCACCGCUUUGGCUCUUUUGCACCACCCAGAGGCUUAACUGAAGAUGAGACUUAUGUUCAGUGGUUUGUUGAUGGCCAAGCUGCAUUUGAAGCAAUUGCUUCUUCAAUCGAACAAGCAAAAUCAGAGAUAUACAUAACUGACUGGUGGUUGUGCCCAGAAUUGCAUCUGCGACGUCCUUUUAGUUUGCAUGGCUCUUCGCGGCUUGAUGCUAUGCUAGAGGCAAAAGCAAAGCAAGGUGUUCAGAUUUAUAUUCUUCUUUACAAAGAAGUCCCUCUUGCUUUGAAGAUCAACAGUGUAUAUAGUAAGAGAAUAUUACUGAACAUUCAUGAAAACAUAAAGGUUCUUCGUUAUCCAGAUCAUCUCUCAACUGGCAUUUAUUUAUGGUCCCAUCAUGAGAAAAUUGUUACCAUUGACAACCAAAUAAGCUUCAUUGGAGGACUUGAUCUGUGCUUUGGCCGUUACGACAACUUUGAACACAAAGUUGGGGAUAUGCCUCCUCUUAUUUGGCCUGGAAAGGACUAUUAUAAUCCGAGGGAAUCUGAACCAAAUUCUUGGGAAGAUACUAUGAAAGAUGAAUUGGACCGUGGAAAAUAUCCUCGCAUGCCCUGGCAUGAUGUUCAAUGUGCUUUAUGGGGACCACCUUGUCAUGAUGUUGCAAGGCACUUUGUUCAACGCUGGAAUUAUGCCAAGAGAAGUAAAGCUCCAAAUGAGAAAACAAUUCCAUUGUUGGUACCUCAGCAUCACAUGGUUAUUCCACAUUACAUGGGAAGUAGAGAAAUGAACCAUCAAAACGACAAACAAAAUGCAAUCCCAGAGGAUGUUGGAAAGCAUACCUUCUCCCGUUCAUGUCAAGAUAUUCCACUGCUUUUACCCCAUGAACCUGAUGGAACAGCAACAACAAAUAGUGAUAAGGUUCAUGGAUUGGAUAGGAUUUGUGGUCUUUCAGAGCAUCCAAAUAAAACUAGCCAAAGCCAACCUGUGUCUUUGAUAAAAACAAAAAUUGAGCAUUCAGUUCAAGAUAUGCAGAUGAAAGGUUUUAUCGAUGAUUAUAGUUAUCCAAAAACUCAGAGGGAACAAGAUUUUAAUAUGUUCGUCCAGCCACCUAUUCAGAAUUCAGACUGGUGGGUAACACAUGAGCGAGGCAGUCAAGUUGUAUCUACAGAUGAAUCUAGACAAGUUGGUCCACGCACGCCAUGCCGUUGUCAGGUUAUUAGAAGUGUCAGUCAAUGGUCAGCUGGAACAAGCCAAACUGAAGAGAGCAUUCACAAAGCUUAUGUUCAUCUUAUUGAGAAAGCAGAGUACUUCCUAUACAUUGAGAACCAAUUCUUCAUAUCAGGUCUUUCAGGAGAUGAUACAAUAAGAAACCGUGUACUAGAAGCAUUAUACCAGCGAAUCAUUCGAGCAGAAAAAGAGAAGAAGUGUUUCAGGGUUAUUAUCGUUUUACCCUUAUUACCUGGUUUUCAGGGUGGCAUUGAUGAUGGUGGUUCUGCAUCUGUGAGGGCAAUAAUGCAUUGGCAGUAUCAAACCAUUUGUAGAGGGUCGAACUCGAUAUUGCAAAAACUUCAUGAUACAAUAGGUCCUAGAGCACAUGACUUUAUUUCAUUUUAUGGCCUUCGAACAUAUGGGAGACUUUUUGAUGGAGGUCCUCUGGUAACCAAUCAGGUGUAUGUGCAUAGCAAAUUGAUGAUAAUUGAUGAUCGUGAGGUGUUGAUUGGUUCAGCAAACAUAAAUGAUAGAAGCUUGUUAGGCUCAAGAGAUUCAGAGAUUGGUAUACUUAUAGAAGAUAAAGAAUAUGUUGACUCAUUCAUGAAUGGAAAGCCUUGGAAAGCUGGAAAGUUUUCUCUUAGCCUUCGCCUCUCACUGUGGUUGGAACAUCUAGGUCUUCAUGCUGGAGAGAUCAGUAAGAUCAGGGAUCCAAUCAAUAAUGCAGCAUACAAGGACAUCUGGAUGGCGACAGCUGAGACAAAUACCAUAAUCUACCAGGAAGUCUUUUCGUGUGUUCCUAACGAUCUUAUCCACUGCAGAGCUACAUUUCGAGAAAGCACCAACUACUUCAAGGAGAAACUUGGGUACACAACUAUUGAUUUGGGUAUUUCUUCGGAGAAGAAGGAUCCUAAUCAUAAAGAACACAAAGGCACAGAUCCAAUACAGAGGCUAGAGUCGGUGAGAGGUCACCUUGUUUCUUUUCCCCUGAAAUUCAUGUGCAAUGAGGAUUUGAGGCCUGCCUUCAGUCAAGGUGAGUUCUAUGUCUGGCCUUUAGUUUUUCUUUAGGCUUAUUUAUCUGAUGCCAUCUUUUUUUAUCACCACGAUAUGCUUCAAAGCAAGGCCAGCAUGACAACACUUGUUGCUUGUAAAUUCUAAUAUAAGGAAAGCUUAGCCAUUCUUUUUGAACAAAGUUGGUAUUCCAAGAAGCCUAUCUGUCCAUUCAACCAUUCUUUGCAAGAACUAUUUUGUAUUUUUUAGGUGUAACUUGUAAAGUUGUCAUUAUUGAAAAGCAUAAUUGCCUGAAAGGGUUAUUGGGGCAAAAUCAAAUUGAUGGAUGUUCUCGCA